AUGGAGCACGCUUACUGCUUACUUAUACUGCCUAAAAACUGGCACAUAACCUUAACAUAUAAAAGGAUUACGAUUCAACGUUUGAGGAACAAUCCUACACAAAGUGAGAACCUAGCGGCUACUCAGGCAUCUAUCGCGCAAUCUAGUUUCCAAAUAUCGGCGAGAACUAUUAUUUCAAUUCAUGACCAUGAUGAUAGUGUCGGAGGAAACUUCAAUGCUCAUGUUCAACGUGCCCACCUCGCAGCUGGAAAUGUGAAUUUCAUCGCCGUUGACUGGAGUAUCGGCGCAUCUACCGCAUACACGUUUUCUCUUAGCAACACCCCUCAAGUUGGCACUGUUGUUGCUCAGUUCGUAAAUAUUCUAGUAAAUAACUUUGGGUAUGAUGUUAAUAAUGUAAAAAUUGUUGGUGUUGGCUUAGGCGCUCAUGCUGCUGGUAUUGCUGCCCGAACAAUCAAUGGAAAUGUGCCUCAUAUUGUUGCUCUUGACCCAGCUCUUCUCGGUUGGACUCAUCACCCCGAAAAAUUGAAUGCUUCUGAUGCUGGUGUUGUUGAAGUCCUCCAUACUAGCGCCGGUCAUUAUGGUUAUGACUUACCCCUUGGCGACAUCGAUUUUUACGCUAACGGAGAACUCCAACCUUAUUGUGGAGCAGAUGUUGAAUGCUCUCAUGAACUGUCUUUCAUUUACUAUGCUGAAUCGAUAAAUGCCGAAUCAGGCAAUGGGCCACAAUUUGUCGGAACUUCUUGCGAUAGUUAUGAGAACGCCCUUCAAGCAAGAUGUACCGGUGCACGUGAUGCAUCGUUUGGUGGUUCUGCUUCCAAGGAUGGUGUCAGUGGUGUUUACUGGUUCGCUACUAAUAAUGCACCACCUUUCGCCAGGGGCUGAGAUAUGAGAGAGAAGGCUUUGUUCUUACAGAAUUACUUUUAAUCACAUGGAAAUCUUAGUGUAACAGUCUUAAUAAAAAAGAAAUAAACUAAAUAAUAUCUUCAAAA